UGACGCGAUUCGGAGGCAUUUGGCAGAAUGGUGAAAAACAAACGGCCGGUGUCUAAAACGGAGCGUUUCAAAGUUGACAGUGAUUCGGGCAAUGUGCAUCGCGUUGAGGCACAUUGGAGCUGGCUGGUGUUGGCACUUGUUUUGGGUGCCGGUUCAGUGACCAACUACUUCCUGACACAUCUUCCGGAGGCUCGCACGGUUGCCGAUUUGGAACGGUUUGAUGGGAUAUUCAUAGCUGAAAGAGCUUGGCAGGAUCUGAAAGCUUUCAGCGAUCUUGGUCCGAGAGUGGUCGGGUCCAAGGAAAAUGAAGCAUUGGCAGUGGAUAUCUUCAAUCGUCGGAUUGAAGAAAUUCGAGCUACGUGUCAUCCGGAUCAAAAAGUUGUGGUAGAGAACCAGAUCGUAACCGGGGUGUUCAAUUUUACUUUUUAUGGUACCUCCAUGACAACUAUGUAUCGGAACGUGCAAAACAUUGUAGUCAAACUGGAAGGUGAAAGGGAGGAAUCUUUGCUGCUAAAUUGCCACUACGAUACGGUGCCGGGAAGUCCGGGAGCAAGUGAUGACGUUGCCAGUUGUUCGGUUAUGUUGGAGAUACUCCGGGUUAUGUCCCGGUCCCCCCAGAAGAACCUGUAUUCGGUCGUAUUUUUGUUCAACGGAGCGGAAGAAACCUUGCUACAAGCAUCUCAUGGUUUCAUUACCAAGCAUCCUUGGGCCAGUCAGAUCAAAGCCUUUCUCAAUCUAGAAUCUGCGGGAUCGGCCGGGAAAGAAAUUCUAUUUCAAAGCGGACCCAACAGCCCAUGGUUAGUUGACGCGUAUGCCAAAAGCGUAAGGCAUCCAUUCGCUCAAGCCAUGGCCGAGGAACUUUUCCGAACUGGACUCAUCCCAUCGGAUACCGACUUUCGUAUCUUCCGAGAUUACGGUAAAAUUUCGGGCAUCGAUCUGGCCCACUUUCUGAACGGAUAUCGAUACCACACCCGGUACGACUCCCUCGAAUAUCUUUCCUUACCGGUGCUCCAAAGAACCGGGGACAACGUCCUAGCGCUAACCCUCGAAAUCGUAAACUCUAAUCACCUUUCGGAAAAUCCACAAAGCCCACCGGCACCCCGAGUGUUUUACGAUUUCUUAGGAUUAGUCUUCAUCAGUUAUUCCUCCCGCACCGGACAUUUUAUCAAUGCAUUGGUGGCUGUACUGGCCGUGUUGAUACCUUAUCGGGGGUUAUCGGGUCGUCGCGCUUCCAUACGCGUGGCGGCUUUCCGUGGAUUUGGGGCCACCCUAGCCGGUGCACUGCUGGGCUUGGCUACCAAUUCGAUUCUGGCCCGGCAGAUGGAAAUACUGGACGGCCGCAUGGCCUGGUACAGCAAUCUUUGGCUUGUGCUGCCCAUGUACGGUGCCCCCGCCCUUAUCUGUCACUGCGUUGUACAAAUGCUACUGGACGUGAUUUUCGCCAAUAAAAAGACCACCUUAAGUACCGGAGCAACGAUUCAAGCCCGGCUCAUUGGAGUAAAUGCCUUCUGGAGUGCCGUGGUAAUUCUAUUGUCCCUAGCCGGUUUCCGCAGCGGGUACAUUUUCAUGAUCAUCCAGCUGUGUUCCCUGGCCUCGGUCUGCCUGAACAUCGUCCUCAAGCUGCAACGGUCGUCCCGCGCCUGGAUCCUGGUCCAUCUGGCGUUCCAGUUCGUGGCCGCCGUUUGGUCCUCGUUCUACUAUUUGGUGUUCGUGAAGCUGUUCGCUCCCAUCGCCGGUCGAUCCGGAAGCGUCGUUAAUCCAGAUUUCAUCAUUGGGACGAUCGCCGUGCUAGGAGUAUUGCUGACCGGAAGCUAUCUGUUGCCCCUGUUCGGAUUGGUUCGGAGGCCCAAUCGGGUGUUGGCACAACUGUGCGGGCUGGCCCUAUUUGGCUUAGCGUUAGCCCUAUUGACUCCACUUGGGUUUCCCUAUCGAGAUGCUUCCGGUGGAGAGCCCACUACCCAGAGGCAUCUCGUUACGCACACCAUGCGCUUCUUCCACGACGAGCAAGGGCUGCUCAAAGAUAUGGACAAGGGCUUCCUGUUCGAGGCACAGGAUAUCAAUGGUGCCCGAUCGUUGCGGCAAAUUUUCGAAAACGAGGACCUAGUUCCGGUGGAGCAGAUGCCUAGUUGUAAAACGGAUUUUUUCUGUGCCCUCCCGUUCGAUGCCAUGUGGCGGCAGGUGCAUUUCGAUCAAUUCUGGCUACCGACCGAGGACUUCCCGGUGACGAGCAACAUGUUUACGUUGGCCUUCAAUGGAACGGAAACGGUGAGCGGAAACCUUAGACGGGUUACCUUCGUUGCCGAGGGAAGCAUCCAAUCGGCAUUCUAUGUGGGUCCUAAACCGGGAGUAAAAUUGGUACGUUGGAGUCUUCUGGAUUCGGUGGCUCCUCCGGUUCGCUUCAACAAUCAGGAUGGCUAUUUCGUUUACAUUAGCCACGGACUACCGGACCGAAGCUGGCCAAUAACGAUGGACUUUGAGGUGCAAGACGGACAUGCCGGUUCCAUUGUGGACAUUGGGGUCAUCACCAAGUACUGGGAAUCGCACGAUACUCACACCGACGAGUUCCGAGCUUUGCUAGAGAAGUUCCCAGCUUGGACCAACGUGGUGCCGUCGGUGGCCGUAAUCAACGUUUUCGAAUUGUAG